CAACAGCCCCUUGAAGUAAAUUACUUCUCCCAUGGCAACCAUGCAAUCUUCCAACAACCUAGUACUCCUCUCAGCCGCCUUUCUCCUCCUCGUACUGCUGGCAGCCAUGUGUCCAACCAAAACGACUUGUCGUCAGCUGGACGACGACCAAAUCAUCAUGCGGCUGAAGCACGAGGACUGGAUGGUCAAACACUCCAGGUCCUACAAAGACGAGGCAGAGAAGGAGAGAAGGCUACUUAUCUUCAACGACAACGCCAGACUCGUCGAGGCUUUUAAUAACAACAACAACGGUAAGAACGCCGGGUUCAAGCUUGGGCUCAACAAGUUUGCCGACCUUACCAACGAAGAGUUCCGGUCCACGUACUUGGGCUACAAACGCCGCCACUCUUCUUCCCUGAAACAAUCCACCGCCGCCACCUUCCGGUAUGCUGACGUGUCAGCCGUUCCUGCCACCAUGGACUGGAGGAAGUCCGGCGUCGUCACACCUGUCAAAGACCAAGCCAAAUGUGGGGGCAUGUUGGGCGUUUUCGGCGGUGGCAGCGAUGGAAGGAAUCACAAAGCUGAAAACGGGGAAGCUGAUCUCCCUGUCGGAGCAAGAGCUCAUAGACUGCGACGUGGAGGGCGAGGAUGGAGGUUGUGAAGGCGGGCUGAUGGACAACGCCUUUACCUUCAUUCGGGCCAAAGGCGGCCUGGCGACGGAAGCCCAAUACCCUUACCAAGCCCAGGACGGCACAUGCAACAAGAAACGGUCCUCUUCUCCUGCGGCCAAGAUAAAGGGCUACGAGGACGUCCCCGCCAACAGCGAGCGAGCUCUGAUGCAGGCCGUGGCUCAUCAGCCGGUGUCCGUGGCCAUAGAAGGCGGCGGGUUUAUGUUCCAGCUGUACGGGAGCGGGGUUUUCGAGGGAUCUUGCGGAACGGAGCUUGACCAUGCAGUCACUGCGGUUGGCUACGGGACGAAUGGCGACGGGAGUAAGUAUUGGGUGCUGAAGAACUCGUGGGGGAAGGGAUGGGGAGAGGAUGGGUAUAUGAGGAUCAAGAAGGAUGUUUCUGAGACUGAAGGGUUGUGUGGUCUGGCAAUGGAAGCUUCUUAUCCUACAGCGUGAUAAUGAUAUGUAUAUAUAUAUAUAUAUAUAUAUAAAAAGAGAUAAUGGAGUGGUAAAUGGUACUCGGUCGAUCGUGUGACAUAAAUAAUUGAUGAACCUAUAAAUUAAAUGUAGUAGGUACUUGUUUAAUUUUUAGUAUGCAUGUAUAGUAUAUUUGUCAAUAACUAGAUGUAAAGUCAAAUUCAGUUCAGAAAAAAGGUGUAAGUUCAAAGUGAUGUAUGUAUUUGCUCAUGGUAUAAAGGAUUGCUGGAUGGCUGGUGAUUAUUUAUAAUCGUUGUUAUAAGAAUCGGACCGGUUCGACAAGUAAACCGGUG